AUGCUGUUGCUGCGUCUUAGACCCCUGGACUUCAUUGCAAUUCCCCUCCUCACCACGCGUGCUCCCCUCACCAUGCAUGCUCCCCUCACCACGCGUGCUCCCCUCACCAUGCGUGCUCCCCUCACCACGCGUGCUCCCCUCACCAUGCGUGCUCUUCUCACCAUGCGUGCUCCUCUCACCAUGUAUGCUCUUCUCACCAUGCGUGCUCCCCUCACCAUGCGUGCUCUUCUCACCAUGCGUGCUCUUCUCACCAUGCGUGCUCUUCUCACCAUGCGUGCUCUUCUCACCAUGCGUGCUCUUCUCACCAUGCGUGCUCUUCUCACCAUGCGUGCUCUUCUCACCAUGCGUGCUCUUCUCACCAUGCGUGCUCCUCUCACCAUGCGUGCUCUUCUCACCAUGCGUGCUCCUCUCACCAUGCGUGCUCUUCUCACCAUGCGUGCUCUUCUCACCAUGCGUGCUCUUCUCACCAUGCGUGCUCUUCUCACCAUGCGUGCUCUUCUCACCAUGCGUGCUCCUCUCACCAUGCGUGCUCCUCUCACCAUGCGUGCUCCUCUCACCAUGCGUGCUCCUCUCACCAUGCGUGCUGCUCUCACCAUGCGUGCUCCUCUCACCAUGCGUGCUCCUCUCACCAUGCGUGCUCCUCUCACCAUGCGUGCUCCUCUCACCAUGCAUGCUCCCCUCACCAUGCGUGCUCUUCUCACCAUGCGUGCUCCCCUCACCAUGCGUGCUCCCCUCACCAUGCGUGCUCUUCUCACCAUGCGUGCUCUUCUCACCAUGCGUGCUCCUCUCACCAUGCGUGCUCCUCUCACCAUGCGUGCUCCUCUCACCAUGCGUGCUCCUCUCACCAUGCGUGCUCCUCUCACCAUGCGUGCUCCUCUCACCAUGCGUGCUCCCCUCACCAUGCGUGCUCUUCUCACCAUGCGUGCUCCCCUCACCAUGCGUGCUCCCCUCACCAUGUGUGCUCCCCUCACCAUGCGUGCUCUUCUCACCAUGCGUGCUCCCCUCACCAUGCGUGCUCCCCUCACCAUGCGUGCUCCCCUCACCAUGCGUGCUCUUCUCACCAUGCGUGCUCCCCUCACCAUGCGUGCUCCCCUCACCACACGUGCUCCCCUCACCAUGCGUGCUCCCCUCACCACGCGUGCUCCCCUCACCAUGCGUGCUCCCCUCACCAUGCGUGCUCCCCUCACCAUGCGUGCUCCCCUCACCACGCAUGAUCUUCUCACCAUGCGUGCUCCCCUCGUUGCCUCCCAGCUCCUUCGCUCGUUUCAGAAUCCCUCUCCCUCCUUUCCUCCCUGUCCUCUCCCUCAUCUCUUUCCUCUGUCUCUUCCCUUUCUUCCUCCUCUUUCAUCGCUGCCCUCUCCCCCGUCUCCUCCUUCUCCUCCCUCUCCUUCCUCUCCUCCCUCUCCUCUCUCACCCCCCUCCCCUCCCUCUCCUUUAACCCCCCCUUCUCCCCCCUCUCCUUCUUCUCCCCCUCCCCACUCUCCCCCAUCUCCUCCCUCUCCCCCCUCUCACCCUGCUUCUCCCCAAUGCUACCCUCCCGCUCGUUUGCCGCGACUGGUUGAAAGGCACUUGAAGAAAGGUCAUCAGCCUUUGGAAAGAGGUCACCAGAGGAUGGUGGAUUCUGGAAAGGCUUACAGGAAAGUGCAGGCGGGGGGGAAUGAGCAUGCGGAGGGGAACAGGUGGACGCUACAGCAUCCGGAAAUGGGGGAGGAUAGGCGUGAAGAGGAGGCGGAGGAGGAGGAGGAGGAGGAGGAGGAGGAGGAGGAGGAGGAGGAGGAGGAGGAGGAAGAGGAGGAAGAGGAGGAGGAGGAGGAGGAGGAGGAGGAGGAGGAGGAGGAGGAGGAGGAGGAGGAGGAGUAG